AUGGCUGAUAUCGUUGGAAACCGCUAUAAGGAGGUGAUGAAGGAGUUGAACGCCGCUGGGAAAUUUGCGGAUAUGGUAACACGACAUGAUGGGCUAGGAGGCCCCGGGGUCUUUCUCCGGCUCCUGCCAUUCCCUCCCCUGGGCAUCCGUCCCCAUUUUUCAUUCUGUCAUGAACAUCUGCAAUGGACAAAGCAAUGCUUGCCAUUUCACGAGGGAAUUCAUUGGGCGCGUCAACCUGCUCAGACUCAAAUUGAGUUUGAUGAGUUUGAAACAUGA